AUGUGGCGGCUUCUCGUGAUCGUUGCAGCAGCGGCAGCUGAUGAGGUAAGUGUGGCCUUGGAAGCCUCCGAUGACUGUCAAGACGGGACAUCCAGCUGUGCGUUGAAUGCCUUGCAAUUGAGCAAGCGCAACCAUAGCUUUAACGACACGGACGACGACCUGUCCGACCCUCUUGACCCUUCCGACCUGCCUCCGCCGGAGCUGAAAAAGAAGACACGCGGUCGUGGCUGGUGGCCCGGCGGCGACAAACUCUGGGGAUCCGGCAAGGGCCUGGAGGACAUAAAUGAAGACAACAUCGGUUACUACAAUGCAGGAAUGCGGGCUGCUAGAGCUCGCUGUGGUGGUCCAGAUUGCGCUUUGAUCGUCAAUCCUAUGCACCAUCGGACUGUGGAGCAGUUCCACAUCCACUUCGCACAUUACCAGGGCAAGUACGGUGCAGACUUGAAGAGCAAGCUGGAAAAGAUGCUUUGCAAUGGAAAGACAAAGUCGGCUUGGAUCCAUGGGGGCCUUCCCUGUCAUGGCACCGCCUCUUACGCAGAAGGCUUUCCAGACGUCUUCAGCCUCGCAAUGGAGAAGGGGAGCAUCGACCACGCAAGUGUAAUUGCUUGGCCCUCUUCAUGUGGUGGCAAGGGCACCAUCAUCGAGCUGGCCUUCCACUGCAGCAUCGAGCAUCAGAUCCGCGGUGAUUUCGAUGCUCGUUUUCGUUGUGGCUAUACCAAGAAGCAGCUGCCCUUGGAGGUCAAGAAGGCCUUGUACCCAGACUUCAUUGCAAGCUCACCUCGUGGCUUGGUCCCAUCAGUGGCAGAUUCGAAUGGCGACAAAGUCUGGGAAUCUCUACAUGUGGUCCAGUACAUUGACGAACGCUUCGAUCAUCCUCCAUAUUUCUUGCCUCGCAAUGACCCAGUGAAGCGUGCGCACGUACGGAUUUGGUCUGACUUUGUGACAGAGAAAAUGCAAAAGAAUUUCUAUGUGCUUCUCAUGGAUCAAGAUCCUGCAGCCCAAGCAAAGGCAAAGGAGACAUUCUUCCAGGAGUGUCGAACCUUUGCGAAGGCAAUGAGUAAGGAUGGUCCCUACUUCUUGGGAAAGGAGAUCUCCAUGGUGGACAUCGCAUUAUUCCCCUUCUGGCAGCGAUUUCUUUGGGUCGGAGGUCACUACCGAGGUCUUGAGAUGCCAAAGGAUGCCGACUUCCAGCGCUUGCAGCGCUGGUGGGAAGCCACCAGUGAACGCCCUGCCUUUAAAGCCACACUUGUUUGUCAAGAUCGUCUUAUUUCCUCAUAUGGUCAAUAUAGCCGAAACGAGGGAACCUCGGAUUAUGCAAAAUCGAUGCAAAAUUCUUUGAAGGCAAAAUCCAAAUAA